CCUUUAUUCUUUUCAUUGUCCAUUUGUUAGUUUAGUGUCUAGCCAUUUCAGUAGUCCAUCCUUCUGUCCUUCCAGCCACCUGGUCUCCAGCUCACCCAGCACAGGCUGGACAGCCAUGUGAGGUACCAGGACAGUCCUCCGGGCUCUGAAGCCAGCAGGGAGAAGACUACAGGUGCUGUUGGGAACACAGAGGAAGUGACUGACUGGGGGUUCAGGGAAAGCUCCGUAGAAGAGGGAACACUUGAGCUGGGUCUUGAAGGAUGAGUAGAAGUUCACCAAGUGGGAAAGGACACUCUAGGAUGGCCGAGCCUCGAUUUAACAACCCCUACUUCUGGCCCCCUCCUCCCACCAUGCCCAGCCAGCUGGACAACCUGGUCCUGAUUAACAAGAUCAAGGAGCAGCUGAUGGCGGAGAAGAUCCGGCCGCCCCACCUGCCGCCCACGUCGGCCUCGUCGCAGCAGCCGCUGCUGGUGCCGCCGGCGCCGGCCGAGAGCAGCCAGGCCGUCAUGUCGCUGCCCAAGCUGCAGCAGGUGCCGGGGCUGCACCCGCAGGCCGUGCCGCAGCCCGACGUGGCGCUGCACGCGCGACCCGCCACCAGCACCGUCACAGGUCUGGGGCUCUCCUCCCGGACCCCGGCUAUGAGCACGUCCGAGUCGAGUGCGGGCACGGGUACCAGCACCCCGUCCACACCCACCACCACCAGCCAGAGCCGCCUCAUCGCCUCGUCCCCCACCCUCAUCUCAGGGAUCACCAGCCCCCCCCUCCUGGACUCCAUCAAGACAAUCCAGGGCCACGGCCUGCUUGGCCCCCCCAAGUCCGAGCGCGGCCGCAAAAAGAUCAAGGCGGAGAACCCAGGGGGGCCGCCUGUUCUCGUAGUCCCCUACCCCAUCCUGGCCUCAGGCGAGACUGCCAAGGAGGGCAAGACAUACAGGUGUAAGGUGUGCCCGCUGACCUUUUUCACCAAGUCUGAGAUGCAGAUUCACUCCAAGUCACACACCGAGGCCAAGCCCCACAAGUGCCCGCACUGCUCCAAGUCCUUUGCCAACGCCUCCUACCUGGCCCAGCACCUGCGCAUCCACCUGGGCGUCAAGCCCUACCACUGCUCCUACUGUGAUAAGUCCUUCCGACAGCUCUCCCACCUCCAGCAGCACACCAGAAUUCACACAGGCGACAGACCCUACAAGUGCCCACAUCCUGGCUGCGAAAAGGCUUUCACUCAGCUCUCCAACCUCCAGUCUCACCAGCGCCAGCACAACAAGGACAAGCCCUACAAGUGUCCCAACUGCUACCGGGCCUACUCGGACUCCGCCUCCCUGCAGAUCCACCUCUCGGCCCACGCCAUCAAGCACGCCAAGGCCUACUGCUGCAGCAUGUGCGGGCGGGCCUACACCUCGGAGACCUACCUGAUGAAGCACAUGUCCAAACACACGGUGGUGGAGCACCUGGUGAGCCACCACUCGCCCCAGAGGACGGAGUCCCCCGGCAUCCCGGUGCGAAUUUCCCUCAUCUGAGCCGACCCAAGGCGCCGCCCCACCCUGCCCACUGGCAGACACAGACCCAGGCAGCACCAGGCCCCGACUUCCUCCAGGGGCCCUCCAGGAACAGCCGAGCUCUCUCAUGACCUUCCUGACCUUCCAGAAAGCCUGGGCUGCAGAAGCCCUGCCUGGUCCAGCUCUGGGGGCGGCCAGGCCAACUGCAAGAUUCUGGACUGUUUUGGUGGCAUCCAAAGACGAUCUCAGAGCACUUUGAACCUCUCUGUUGGGUUUCUUUUUGUUCCCCACCCUCCACUUGCUUCACUGUUUUUUUUUUUUUUUUUUAAAGUUUGUUUUGGAAAUAACAAAAAAGAUAUUUAUUGGCCAAGAAGUUGGUGCUGCUAAGACCGAGAAAUUAAAAGAAUCGGACAGAUGGACACAGAGAACCAGAGGGCAGCGUGGGACCUUCUCUUGCCACAGCCUCAGGUCUUGAGGGAAGACUCAGGCCUGAGUCUCUGGACUGCAAAGGGGGCCCCGAGGUGGGAGGGGACAGGAGAGGCAGCUGGAGUGAGCCACUCACCCCUAGGUGCCCAGCUCACACCUCUCGAGCUACGCCCUGGGCAUUACUGAGCAGAGGGAUGCGGCAGCUCCCAAGGCUGCCCAGGCUUCAGGAGGCAAAAUGAGAGAGGGGCCGGGAGAUACGCAGGACCAAAGGGUGCAGCGUUGGGCUGGGCUGGGCGCAGGCCCAGGGAAAUGGGGUGAGGGUGGGCUGGGUAAGACCUGGCCCCCCACUGCCCUGAAGACCACCCCAGUCUACCUCGGUGCUGGCCAGGAAACCUAUUGGCUACCUCUCCCACCAUCCCAGACUGUGGGCAGGGGCGUGGGGAGGGAGUGGGCCUGGGCUUAGGACCACCCCCCUCCAGAAUUUCCUCCAGAUGGGGCAGUGCCCAGGGAGGGGUUAUUUGUCUUCCCUGUCAUGGAGGGGGAACUCCCAGUCCAGGCCCUAGGCCCCUCAGCAGGGAAGGGAUCCUCGGGGAGGAGGGUCCCAGGAGCAUACCCUGCCCUCAGCCCCCACAGACACACCCCAAUCUGAAAGCCAUGCGUGUCCGUGUAUAUAGGAACUAUGUACAGAGCCCGGAGAAGCCCCCCUUCAUCCCCCCGGGGAGAAAAAAAAAAAAAAAAAAGGAAACUAGACAGAAACUCAUCUAUAUAUUCUGUAUCUGGAGUUCCGUUUUGAAUAUUAACUGUGUUAUUUUUAUACACUUUUUAAGCCUUAACUCGCCAUUGAUUUACCAGUUUAACGUUUCCUGGGUUUUUUUUCCCCCCCACGGGGUUCUCUGCCCCCACCCCCACCCCUUUGUUUGACUUGCGUCGUCUGAUAACUCAGUAUUGUAGCUUUUUGUCCGCAUGUUACUACCCUGUAAAUACGCUGUUAUACAUACUGUUAACACCCCAUUUGCUUUUUUCUAUGGGACCUCCAGGCCACCAUAUUUAGAACUAGUUACCUUAUUAAAAAAGAGAAAACAGUCUGUUGGCUUCUCAGUCUGCAUCUUGGUGGCAGGGAGGUGAGGGCACGUGCCCCUCAAUGCUUCAGGAAACAAGUUUGCAUUAUAUUUAAGUAAAGGGGUGGGGAGCAAAAUAAAAAUCGAAUGUGGGGUAGACACUAAACGGAGCAAGAAACAAAGGAAGUCCAAACCCUCUGCUCUUUGUAUUUCUCUGUUGUGAAGAAUAAACUGUACCCGCACCUGG